GAUCUUCCAUAAUUGAAUAUGACGGAACCUGAUUCUAAAGUGUCAAAGGACCAGUACGGGCGUAAGACUUGGGACGUCGAUGCAUAUUCCAAGAAGACACGGGCCAAUAAUCAGCCCCAAACCACGACCUCUGUUCACGAUCAGAUCAAUUCAGAUAGGUCCUCAAGCCAUCUACUCCACCGAGAGAAGCUUCUCAAAUCCCUGAUAAAUGCCAUCAACACACACACCAUUAUCACUCCCACCAGCCAGACAGCCACUAGAGGAAAGCACAAGAGGUUUGGGUUCGUGUGUCCCAUCUGUGAUUUUUCCUUUAGAGAUAAUAUGGCACUUAUAGACCAUUUCAAUUCUCCCCAGCACAUUCAAAAAGCCACCUCAAAGAACCUUACCACUUCGGAUCCCGGACACGAACAGGAGCUUAUAGAUGGAGGAGUACGACACGCUACACUAGCUGAAGUGGAAUCGACAUUAAAGCUGCUAUCUGAAAAGUUCAACCAGUCGGGCCUAACUAAAAGCAGCAUGCAACAAAAGAUUGAAGCCCGUAAGCAGUUUGAACAGAAACUCCAGGACAGGAAGCGAGCCAAAAGACAUAAAAGGGCUAUGAAGAAUAAAGCUUCUGACAGUGAAGACGACGAAAUGGGCCAAAUCAUGGGGUUUUCUUCGUUCAAAAAGGGAGCCGAAUCAUAGAGGUAAGACGCAGAAGACUGGAAGAUACUUGUAGAUAUCAUGUACGCUUAUGACCUAUCAUUCCUGUUGCCUCUAUCUACUCUCUCAACAAUUUGCAAUCAACUGCAGUCGUGUCGCACCCGCGACCGCGACUGAAGUGUGAGCGAGCAAAAUUCU